UUCCCAGUACAAUACUCUCGCAAAGCAAAAACAAAGCAAAAGCACUGCGGAAUUAACUGCAUAAAUUAUUUGCCCCGAAUAAUAGUUUUAACCAGUUUAACAAAUUACUUCUCAAAAUUUUUCCCUCGACUUUUCGUUUGCUUAGUAUCCUUAGGAUGGCAUCUCCAUCAGCUAGUGUGGUCCAACUAUUGGAAAAUCGUGCCAUCGCUGCAGAGGGCAUGAUUGCUCAUCUACUUCAGCAGAUUGAUGAAAUCAAGAGACACUGCUCUAAUAACGUUAACAACAAAGGAAACACCCAAGCAGCUGAACUUGAAGCGGAAAACAUCGCGCUUGCGAAAAAAAUUGAGAUCUGCAGGAAAUCGCUCAUUGAUUUAGAAGUAAAAAAUGGAAAAAAGCAGGUCCCAAUUCCAACUGUUGGCAACACCUCGAUUCUGAAGGUUGAAGCUAAAGACCCUCCAGCUUUGCCUAAAGAAAAUGCGCAGGAAACCAAGCAGAAGCCUGAGAAGAAGGAGAAAGGCCCCUCUAAUGAGCUAAAUGCAGCAGAUAAACCAAAAGCACCGAAAAAGGAAAAGGCAAAGAAGCCACAGGCACCAAAACAACCUGAAAAAGCUGACGACGAUGUAACAAGGCUUGAUCUGCGGGUUGGCUUGAUCACGAAAGCUGAACGGCACCCUGAUGCAGAUUCUCUUUACCUGGAGACGAUUGAUGUUGGUACAGGCACUCCGUUAACUGUCGUCAGUGGCCUCGCUGGAAAAGUACCUCUAGAAGACAUGCAAAACCGGCUGGUCAUUCUGCUUUGCAACCUAAAGCCAGCAAAGAUGAGAGGCAUCGUGUCCCAGGCCAUGGUCAUGUGUGCCAGUGAACCUGGAGGCAAAGUGGAAGUGCUGAUCCCUCCAGCAGGCGCCGCACCAGGUGACCAAGUUUCCCUGGAAGGAGAGGAGGCUGGGCAACCAGACACCCAGCUCAAGUCCAAAGUGUGGGAGGCAGUGGCUGCUAAGCUGAGAACCAGGCCAGACUUGGUUGCUGGUUUUGAUGGAAAGAAGCUGAUCGUUCCUGGAAAAGGGGACAUCACAACAUCCAGUCUAGCUGGCGUGCCCAUAAAAUAAAAUGCUCUGCAUUAUGGUUUUCAA